UGUUGUGCCAUCACUGACGAUCGCUUGGAAAAUAGUCUUGUAGCGCGUUCAGCAAAUGGAAUAAACUGGGAAAAUCUAUUGCGUUGUCAUACAACCCAAUCGCAGGAUAUUUCAGUCACGCCAGUCUGCCGGCUUUUGAACGAGCUUCUUCUUGGUCACCUGGAGGAAGCAUUCGACAUUUCGACCAUCGAUUUCGACUAUGUUCACCGCGAGCUUCAGCAGGCUGAAGGUGAACGCAGUGACUUGCGCUAUAUUAUAAUUGCAUUUUAUCAACCUAUGGGAAGAUUAAUCCAUACGUACAUGCUAAAUUAUCUUACUGACGUUAUAAACGUCAACGUUCAAGGUUAUAACCUUGAAGUAGUAGCAGUGCCAAACAUGCAGGCAGCUCUUGUGCCGAUGGCCACCAGGCAGUUUGGGAUAGUGCCUGCGUUCAUGCUAAUGUCAGCGUGGUAUAUUACUCUGCUCGGCGUCGGAUCGAUCACUGCAUUAGCUGCUGUGAAACAGCGCUCGAAGCUGUACAACCGGAAACAAGUAUACGCAGUAAUUUGUGCCUGUCGGCUCAAAAACCAACGCAAGAAGCGAAAGAAGAGCAAGUCGGACGUGAAAAUUAACUUAGAGCCUGAUUUGUGUCCCUAUGUGGUCCUGCAGAGCAAGUAUCUCCCUAUUGACGUUUUCCAAAACCUUCGCAGUGUGAUUGACAAAUACUCCGAGUAUCAAAACAUGGUUGACAUGUAUGCCAAACUCCGAGAGACUGGGCCAAUUCCAUCACAGGCCGUCAAGAAAUCAGAGGACUACCGAUAUGGGGAAAUGGGUAAACAUAAUGCAAGUAGACAGAUAAUGGCCAGUUCAGACCUCUUUCAGUAA